AUGAUCGGGCCUGCUGUACCCCUGGCCCAGGUCCAGGGUGGACAGGAUCAGACCAGUUUGCUGAGGCCUGACUGGUGUGGAGGGGUUGGGCACUUCAAGACCCCAGCCACCCACAGUCCCCCAUCUACAGCCUCCCCACCCACAGUCCCCCAUCCACAGACCCCAGCCACCCACAGUCCCCCAUCUACAGCCUCCCCACCCACAGUCCCCCAUCCACAGACCCCAGCCACCCACAGUCCCCCAUCUACAGCCUCCCCACCCACAGUCCCCCAUCCACAGACCCCAGCCACCCACAGUCCCCCCAUCUGCAGAAUCCCUCACACCCCUGUCUCCCCACUGUCCGACCCCCCACAAACCCCUACUGCCAACAGCCUCCACGCUUUGGGACUUCCCCACGAGUCUCACAGCCCCACCUGUGAUAAAUACCUUAAGGCCGUUUGCCACAGAGGCGCAGGUGUGCAGGUGGUGUGCAGACUGAAUAAGAUAAAGAAGGUGAUGGAGCCCCCAAACAGUGCCAUGUGGUGGGUGUGA